CAACUAAAAGGGUCAAGUGCCAAACCUGAUGCCUGCGUGCCUGUAUGCCAAAGAUGCAAAGCUAAAGUCAACAAAAUUAACCUUGUAAGCGUAGCUCUAGCUCAACAGCCCUACGGAAAAUCCUUUGUUGCGUCUUUCACUCUUUCCAGUCUUCUCAGACCAUUGGGACUCUCUCCUCCUAAUCUCACUUGAUACUAUCAACAGCUAGAGUUAAAACCCCCUAAAACCCAUCAAUUAAAUAAAGGGAGACGGAAUUUGAUUUUGAAUUGAAGAGUAAAAAAGAAAAAUAAUAGAGGAGUUUUGGUAUCUUGUAGAUGGUCUCCAAGUAAUGGGUGCCACGGGUUCCAAGCUCGAGAAGGCCCUCGGAGACCAGUUUCCUGAAGGAGAACGCUAUUUUGGCCUUGAAAAUUUUGGGAAUACUUGCUAUUGCAACAGUGUCUUGCAGGCGUUAUACUUCUGUGUACCAUUUAGGGAACAACUUUUAGAGUAUUAUGCAAAUGGGAAAACUCUAGGGGAAGCAGAAGAAAAUCUCUUGACUUGUUUGGCAGAAUUGUUCUCGCAGAUAAGUUCACAAAAGAAGAAAACAGGGGUCAUUGCACCAAAGCGUUUUGUUCAGAGAGUGAGAAAACAAAAUGAACUUUUCCGUGGCUACAUGCAUCAGGAUGCCCAUGAAUUUUUGAACUUCUUGCUCAAUGAACUUGUUGAUAUACUGGAGAAAGAGUCGCAAGCAGCAAAAUGUCCACCAUCUCAGGAAAGGAUUGCUAAUGGGCAGAAUAAUGCUCAGUCAAAUGGUGUCAAGGAGCCACUGGUUACCUGGGUACACAAGAAUUUUCAGGGAAUACUUACCAAUGAGACAAGGUGUCUAAGGUGUGAGACGGUUACAGCAAGGGAUGAGACAUUCUUUGACUUGAGCCUUGAUAUUGAACAGAAUAGUUCUAUCACUAGCUGUCUCAAAAACUUCAGUUCCACAGAAACCUUGAAUGCGGAGGAUAAGUUUUUCUGUGACAAGUGCAGUAGCCUGCAAGAGGCUCAAAAGAGGAUGAAGAUUAAAAAGCCACCUCAAAUUCUAGUCAUCCAUCUGAAGCGUUUCAAAUACAUGGAACAACUUGGUCGAUACAAGAAGUUGUCCUAUCGCGUAGUGUUCCCUCUAGAGCUGAAACUGAGCAACACUGUGGAAAACGCCGAUUCUGAAUACUCUUUGUUUGCUGUUGUCGUUCAUGUGGGGAGUGGGCCCAACCAUGGGCAUUAUGUUAGUCUUGUAAAAAGCCACAACCACUGGUUGUUUUUUGAUGAUGAAAAUGUGGAGAUGAUUGAUGAGUCGGCUGUUCAGACUUUCUUUGGAUCUGCUCAGGAGUACUCAAGCAAUACGGAUCAUGGAUACAUCCUCUUCUAUGAGUGCCUUUCUUCAGAUGAGAAGAGCUGAUGAAAGGGCAUCUAAUCAAGUGACUAUAUACUUUUGCCGUUUUAUAGCAAAGUGUUUUCUGUCCUCUACUCAUUUGAUCUCCUUUUGUUACCCAUCACGCUCAAUCGGCUCAGAGACUAGAUGCUUGUAGAGUGGAUGUUCGAUGUAUACCGGACAACUAUUUGUCGCAAUAAAAACAAGUGCAAAUCUUGAUACAGGAAUA